GUCCCGGUGUGCCCGGCAGUCUGCGGGCGCUGCGGAGCCGAGCAGGGCCAUGGCGGCUGCCCCGGCGGAGGCGGAGACCCGGCAGCGCCUGCUGCGCACCGUCAAGAAGGAGGUGAAGCAGAUCAUGGAGGAGGCAGUGACGAGGAAGUUUGUGCAUGAGGACAGCAGCCACAUCAUCUCCUUCUGCGCUGCCGUGGAAUCCUGUGUCCUGCACGGCCUGAAGCGAAGGGCAGCCGGAUUCCUGCGCAGCAACAAGAUCGCAGCGCUGUUCAUGAAGGUGGGGAAGAGCUUCCCCCUGGCAGAGGAGCUCUGCAAGAAGGUGCAAGACCUGGAGCAGCUCAUUGAGAACGCGCGAAACCAAGUCCAGGGCAUCCCAGAGAACGUGCGCAAGGUGCCGAAGCUGCCCAACCUGUCUCCUCAGGCCAUCAAGCACCUCUGGAUCCGCACAGCCCUCUUCGAAAAGGUCUUGGAUAAAAUCGUGCACUACUUGGUAGAGAACAGCAGUAAGUACUAUGAGAAGGAGGCUCUCCUGAUGGAUCCUGUGGAUGGGCCAAUUCUUGCAUCUUUACUGGUGGGGCCCUGUGCACUAGAGUACACGAAGAUGAAAACCGCUGACCACUUCUGGACAGACCCCUCAGCAGACGAGCUGGUCCAGCGGCACCGGAUCCACAGCUCCCACUGCCGGCAGGACUCGCCCACCAAGCGCCCGGCGCUUUGCAUUCAGAAAAGACAUUCCAGUGGCAGCAUGGAUGACCGGCCCUCGCUGUCUGCCAGGGACUAUGUGGAGUCACUGCACCAGAAUUCCCGUGCCACGCUCCUCUACGGCAAGAACAAUGUCCUGGUGCAGCCGCGAGAUGACAUGGAGGCAAUCCCAGGAUAUCUGUCCCUUCACCAGACCGCCGACAUCAUGGCACUGAAGUGGACCCCGAACCAGCUGAUGAAUGGCUCUGUGGGGGACCUGGACUAUGAGAAGAGUGUGUACUGGGACUAUGCCAUGACCAUUCGCCUGGAGGAGAUUGUUUAUCUGCACUGUCACCAGCAAGUAGACAGUGGUGGGACGGUGGUCCUGGUGAGCCAGGACGGGAUCCAGAGGCCGCCGCUGCGAUUCCCCCGAGGAGGGCACUUGCUGCAGUUCCUGUCCUGCCUGGAGAACGGCCUCCUGCCCCAUGGGCAGCUGGACCCACCCCUCUGGUCACAGAGGGGAAAGGGCAAAGUGUUUCCCAAGCUGAGGAAGCGAAGCCCCCAGGGCUCCUCCGAGUCCGCGUCCGACAAGGAGGAUGACGAAGCCACAGAUUAUGUGUUCAGGAUAAUCUACCCCGGGACACAGGCUGAGUUUGUGCCCCAGGACCUGAUGGACGGGCCAGGGGCUGUCCUGCCCCCCAUGUGGCAGCCCAGCACCCGCAAGUCCUCCUGCUCCUCCUGCUCCCAGAGCGGCUCCUCGGACGGGGGCCCGGCCAACGGCUGCAGCCACGAGAGAGCUCCACUGAAGCUCCUGUGUGACAACAUGAAGUACCAAAUCCUCUCCCGGGCCUUCUAUGGCUGGCUGGCCUAUUGCAGACACCUGUCCACGGUGAGGACCCACCUGUCUGCACUGGUGAACCACAAUAUCGUGUCCUCUGACGUCCCCUGCAGUGCCAGCUCGGGGCUGACUGUGGACAUCUGGCAGAGAUACCUGCAGGACAGCACGAGUUACGAGGACCAGGAGUUGCUGCGGCUGAUCUACUACGGCGGGAUCCAGCACGAGAUCAGGAAGGCCGUCUGGCCCUUCCUGCUGGGCCAUUACCAAUUUGGGAUGACGGAGGCAGAGAGAAAGGAGGCUGACGAGCAGACCCGUGCCUGCUACGAGCACACGAUGGCAGAGUGGCUGGGCUGCGAGGCCAUCGUCCGGCAGCGCGAGAAGGAGUCACACGCGGCCGCGCUGGCCAAGUGCUCCUCGGGGGCCAGCCUGGACUCCCACAUCCAGAGGAUGAUGCACAGGGACUCAACCAUCAGCAAUGAGUCCUCCCAGAGCUGCAGCUCCGGCCGACAGAACCACGCCCGGCUGCAGAGUGACUCCAGCUCCAGCACCCAGGUGUUUGAAUCUGUGGAUGAAGUGGAACAGACUGAAGUAGAUGCUCAGCUGGAAGAUGGCAAACAAAGCAAGGUCCCCAAUGGGACAGUUCCCAAUGGCACUUGUUCCCCUGAUUCUGGCCACCCCUCUUCCCAAAACUUCUCCAUCACAUCAGGGUUCUCAGAGCGCAGCUUCAGCAACGAGGACAGUGCCCUGGAAACCAAUAAAUCCUCGUCCAGCUCCCAGGGAAAGGCUGGUGGGUCCGAUGUGCCAGCCUCAGUGGACACGGAUGGUGUCCAGCAGGAGAAGCUGCAGGGCCAAGACAGCCUGGAAGGUGAAUUUCCCAGCGUUGGAAGUGUGGACUUCGUUCCCAUGGGUGAGGGCCCGGCGGGGGCCCUGAGUGACACCGUGGCCCUGACUGUGGUGGAGAGCUGGGCAGACAGUGAGGCUGAGAAGCAGAGCUUGGUGGAGAGUGAGGACAACCUCUCUGAGGAGCCAGAAAUGGAGAGUCUGUACCCACAGCUGGAUUCCCUGGCUGUGGCUGUGACUGAUCUGACCAACAGUGAAACAUCUGCCAUCUCCUCCACGGGUGUCACCUACUCUCCAGAGCUGCUGGACAUGUACACAGUGAACCUGCACCGCAUCGAGAAGGACGUGCAGCGCUGUGACCGCAACUACUGGUACUUCACCCCGGCCAACCUGGAGAAGCUCCGCAAUGUCAUGUGCAGCUACAUCUGGCAGCACAUUGAGAUUGGCUACGUGCAGGGGAUGUGUGACUUGCUGGCCCCUCUCCUGGUCAUCCUGGAUGAUGAGGCUCUGGCUUUCAGCUGUUUCACCGAGCUGAUGAAGAGGAUGAAUCAGAAUUUCCCCCAUGGAGGAGCCAUGGACACCCACUUUGCCAACAUGAGGUCACUGAUCCAGAUUCUGGACUCUGAGCUCUUUGAGUUGAUGCACCAGAAUGGGGAUUACACUCAUUUCUACUUCUGCUACCGAUGGUUUCUCCUGGACUUCAAGAGAGAGCUGGUGUACGACGAUGUGUUCGCCGUCUGGGAGACCAUCUGGGCCGCCGCACACGUCUCCUCUGCUCACUACGUGCUCUUCAUAGCCCUGGCCCUGGUGGAAAUGUACCGGGACAUCAUCCUGGAGAACAACAUGGAUUUCACAGACAUCAUCAAGUUUUUCAACGAAAUGGCCGAGCGACACAACACCAAGCAGAUCCUGAAGCUGGCUCGGGACCUUGUCUAUAAAGUGCAGACUCUGAUUGAGAACAAAUGAAGGACACAGGGCAGACGAGGGAUCCAAAGAGCCGGGACUCCCCUCCGAUGCUUCCUCCUUUCUCCUCUUUCUCCAAGUGCCACACCUGUGGAACUCAGGCAGUGGGACACGUGCUGCUGGCUGAGCUGGGAGUACCCUCGGCUCCCCAAGUGCUGUGCCAGGGGCCCCAGCUCAGACCUUCUGCAGUGACUCAACCAAAGAUCCGUCUAGGUGUGUGUUACCCGUCGGGAGCAGGACCAGGCAGUCACUUCCUGGCCUUGCUGCAGCAGAAGGGCAGCAGGUGUGUGCCCACCACAACUGCCCAGGCAUUGCCAGCAUCCCAGGGCAGAGCUCGGGAGUGGGGAGAGCAGAACUCCGCAUCCUUUGUGGCACAGACAUAAAGCUGCUUCCUGGCAGUAGGAAGGCAGCCAGUCUGUGAGCCCAGACAGCACAGGGAUGCUGCCAUUCCUCAGCUGCUUACCAACAUGAUGAGGUUCUGCCAGUAACAGGGGGGACUUUGAUCACAGAAAUUCCUCUUUUGAUCUUGUCCCUUGAUGCGUUGGCUCCCCUUCAGUAUUUUAUUUUCCAAGGCUCUGUUUUCUCCCUGGGAUUUUACAUUGUUCCGACAAUAUCUGAGCACACAACAGUUUCAUCUCUGGAUGGAUUUUCAGAACAGCUCCAAACUCAGCACUGGGUUUGUUGUUUUUUCUGUAACCCUCUCUGAACACUGGGAAAUCUGGUCCUGACCUCCUCUGGGAACUCCCAGCUGGAGGUUUUCUUACCUGCCUUACUUUAGCUGCUUGUGGUAGGAGUCUGGUCUCCCUGUCAUUCCUUUGCAGCCCCUGUGAGGAGAGGGCUCCUCAGAAGGCGAGUCAGAGCUCCUGAUUAUCUUGGCUUUCCCUCUGAUGGUGCCUGUCUUCUCCUCUGGCCAUUAAGACCGGCUGCUCAAAGCUCGACAGGGCAAACAAUCCCCUUGGUGCCUGUGGGUUUUCCAUGUGCUGCCAAGCCCCCUAAGCCCACCAAAAGUCUCCAGUUAGGUCUUGGUAGGCUUCCCCCACAUGUCUGUGAAGAGAAGAAUAGCCCAAGGUCUCUGAGUGGUCUUUGCUUUGGGAAGAUGCACUUGUGUGGCCACUUUUCCUGCAGUGGCUCCAGUGUUGGGGCUGGAGCCCACUGCAUGAAGUGCCUCUCAGCUGCUGUGUCCUCAGCCCUGCAGAGGGGUCGGAGUCAUUUUUCAACUCAGGUAAAAACAAUACAGGCAAAGGAGAGGUGUGGGUGGCUGGAGGGUCCAGCCCACCUGGGGGGGGGAGCUGUGCUGUGGCCAUGGGGCAGGCACUGGGUUGGAGCCCUCUCUCUCUAAGGGUACUUUCUCUCAAGUUUUGCUGCAAAAAUUUGUGUUCCCCUUCUGUGCAAUGUGUGAUGUGUGUGUGCCCUCCUCCACUCCUCUGCAAGGGAAGGCCCUGCUCCUGCCUUGCUGCUGGAGUGCUGCCCAUGGAAGGGAACGGGCCCUUCCCUUCUCCCGUGUCUGUGCUGUUUUGUGUUGGCUUGUGGCACGUGUCAGAUGUUGCUUGCAGAAAACAGAUGUCAAUCUGCACAAGAGAAAACUGCUGCUUCAGGGAGGUUCUGUGGAGCGUGGUGAAGUGGUGUGCUGCUUGAGCAAAUGGGGUGGAAAAAUGAGCACUUUCUGUAUGCUGGGACAUGGAGGUCACAGCUGGAAAAGGCAGGGAGAGUGGCACAUCCUGAACCUUUGGGGGAAGAGGCUGUGGCAAGGGGGAGAGCAAUGGGCAGCCCUUUGCUCCUCAUAAUCCCAACAGAUGUGUACAAUGAUCUAGGAAAUUCCUUGCAAGAGUUUCCUGCAGUAAAUCCCCAAAGGAUGCUGGUCUGUAGUAGCUCAGGAAACAAAGAGCUUCAGAUCUGCCAGUUCCUGUGUGAAUCUUCCAUCUUUCUACCAAGCAGAGCAAAAAGCUCCUGCCCUCUCUCCAUCCCAGACUGCUCCUGUUCCCUCGAGGUUUAAGGACAGAAUUGUCCUGUGUAACCUGUCCAGAGGGGAAGGGAAGUGCUCUGCCCUCCUCUUCCUGAGGGACAGGAACCGACAGGUCUCCUGAAACACAGUCUGACCAAGCAACAUCUCUGACAUCUUUGAAGCUUCUUUCCUUGGUUCUUAAGCAAAAACAGCCAAGAAAUUCUGCACAAUAUUUGCUGUCUGUAUUAACUGAGAGUGUCUUUGGGCCGCUCAAUAGCAGUGUUUUUUGAAUAAUUUCUGAGGGGAAAAAAUGUAUUUAUUUAUUGAUUGUACCUGACUGUGUGUCCUCGUGUGCUGGCGUGUGAAUGUGUGCUGUUGUGCAAAUGGAGAUAGACAUUUUCAAUGUUCUUUACGAUAUCUUGUACAUGUUUACCAGAGAAUCGUGUCUAUAUAUAAUAUAUAUACAGUAUAGAGAGAAAAUAUGUGAAUUAAGUGGGUUAUUUUUUGAGGGGGGGUGAGAAAUCUUUUGCUUCUAAGAACUGUGUGGUUUCUAUAGCACCUAUUCCAUGAUGUGCCAGUCUGUUGCUGGGAGAGUUGUUGUGGUGGGGCAACAGGAAGCUCAGAGCAGAACCACCAUUGUGACCUCAGCUUGGCUUCAUCUUAGUUCUGACUUUAAAACUGGAAAGGAAGAAAAAAAGGAGGAAAGAAGCUCUGGUGCUGAGUGUGCAGGAGCUACUCUGCUCGAGCUGUGUGGGGUCUUGUGCCUUGCCUGGGGAUUUGCUGGGUGAGAACAGUUGCAGAGUUGGGGUUUGGUGUGUUGUAGGUAAAUUGGAUAGUCCAAAGAGAAGUCUGUCACUUAAUUUUGGACUAAAAGUGUCUGGCCACUCUGUUUGGGUAGGGAGGGAGUGUCCCUGGCCCAUGUAGAGCAUUGGAACUGAGUCCUCACCAGCCCCUCCUGCAGGCACAGCCCCAUGUGUUGCUCCACCCCAAUCCCUACAAACAUCAGGAAAACCAUUUGCUCACUAAAUUCCUGUGAGCACUUGAGUCUGAACAUGGAGGUCCAGCUUUGUGUUCCCAGGAGGUCAGAAUCAGUCUGUGACAAUCCCUGUGCUCUGGCCCUGUCCAUGCCUGGUCCCAGCUCUGGUUUGGACAUCUUUCCCAAGUCUCAGUGGGGGCAGCUGUGCUGGGCCCUCCAAGACAAGUUCUUGUGCUUGUGGAGACCCACAGCAAGGCACCCCCAGGUCUGGGGCUCUGAUGGCUAUAAACUCCUAAAAUGGAAGCAAAAGGUUUGUUGUGCAGCUGUUUGUGGGCAUUCUCUGGCCCAGCCUUUCCUGCAUGGCUCUGCCCCCAAGCUAGACCACCCUGAGAUAAAGCCUUGUGCUGGGGUUCCGACAGUGGGAAUCGUGGCCUUGGAAUCCAGCAUGGAUCUCUCCCAGCUGUGCAGCCAUGGAGGAGAAGCCUGUCACCAGGGAGUGCUUGUCCAUAUACAGCAAUCUUGUCUGGCUCCUUGGGGGAGAGGAAUGUCUCACCCCACCAGCUCCGUGCAGCUGAGCCCCCCCCGCAAUGGCACUGUGAGCUGGGGACUAUCUUUAGCCUGUUGUUGGUUCUGUGGGACCAGGGACUGGAGCUGCUGUGCCUUAAACUGACAGAGGGCAGGGUUAAAUUGGAUUUUAGGAAGAAAUUCUUCCCGGUAAGGGUGGUGAGGCCCUGGCACAGGUUAUCCAGAGAAGCUGUGGCUGCUCCAUUCUUGGAAAUGUUCAGGGCCAGGUUGGACGGGGCUUGGAGCAACCUGGUCUAGUGGAAGGUGGAAGGGGGUUGGAAUUGAGAUGGCUGUAAGAUCCUUUCCAACCCAAACCAUUCCAUGCUUUCUGAUGAGACUGCUGCAUUCUUCCCUGGGGUGCAGCAAGGUUUGCAUCCCACUUCCUGCCAGCCCUGUUCUCAGCUCUGGGUCGCUCCAGAGCUGAGCCUGAGGAAGGAUGUGCUCCACAGGCUGAGCUGUUCGGCUCCCAUCACACCUCACUGAGCAUCUGCAGAGCUGUGGGGUUUGGGGUUUAUCUCAUGCUCGAGCUGCUCUGCUCAGAUAAUCUUGGUGUGUUUAAAUCCAGUGAAUGUUUGUGUCCUGGCCCCGCGUCCCCCUGAGGGAGUGACUAAUGGAUUCUCUGCCUGCGUUUGAGCUUUCUGCUGAUGCAACCUUCGAACGAGCUCCUGGUACCCAUCUCUUUUGGUGUUAACUCAUGCAGACCCUUUAGAAAUCGUCUUUGUUCCUAAAAUGUGUGAUUUUUCUAGGAGUUCUUAUCUUGCUAUGUUGAGUCUCUGAGUUGCUUUGCUAUGAACAUUUUUCAUGAGGACUGAGAGGGGUUUUUUACAUGACAAAUUCUUGCUGCCUCCCUGUCCUGCUCUCAUCCAGCCCCUGACAUGGUGAACAUCCCUUAGCUUAUCCAAAUGCACCUUGUAGUGCAACUGGAGCCAGCAGUGGAACUGCAGGUGUCAACCAUUGUCACUGAUGAGUGAAAAACAGGCCAAGGGAAGGGAUGUUCUUGAUGUGGCAGGUUGGGAUCACAGAUCUGCUGGGAACCCAUCCAUGGGUAAGCUGAGCCCAUCCCAAAAUCCCACCCUGGAGACAUAAGCCUUGUGGCCAAGAACAAUUUAUGGAAUGAGAUUCUUCCCAUUCUUUGUUCUUUAUUUAUUUGUUAUAUAUUUUACCCUGCCUGCCUACUUUCCCUCUCUUUCCCAGUUUAUCCUGAGUAGCUGCCUGGUCCCCUGGGAGCCACUGUGGCCAACAGGUUUCAGAACAGGGAUGGGACUAGUUUUGGGAUUCUCAUCACCUAAGUUUGCUAUUAAAAAUAUCUUAUAGUAUCUUAAAUCACUGCUUUCUAUGGGCACUGAUCUUCAGCCAAUGGGAGCCUCUGAGCCUUUGAUCAGUAGGACCAAAGUACUUUUCAUGUCAUCAAAACCUCUGUCUUAUUUUUCACUCCAUUUACAAUUUUCCCCGAGUACCCAGCACUUCUGGGCACGUCUUUAGCAUUUUACUAUUGUAUGAGCACAAAUUGAUAGAGAAAGAGCACAAUGUAGAGAUGGAGUGACAACUUUCUAGCACUGUGGAAGGGUUGGAACUCUGACACUCUGUGUCAGAAAUUCCUGUAAAAGUUUUUUCAGACACCCUGAAGUAGAUCAAAUGUUCCUCUGAUCGCGCUGAGGGUCAGUACCCUCGUUACCUGCCCCAAAUAAUCCUGUUUCAGUGAUUAAGGCACCUGAAUUGUCGUGGUCCCCAGUGACACAAUAUUUCUGUUCUCUGGUGGCUGUGUGGGCCACAAUUGAGGCUGUUCCGGUGCUGUUCACAUAGCUCGGUGUGUGACUUCCUUCUGAACUUCCCAGGGAAUGUUCACUGUUGGAAGAGCCAUGGAAGUCUUCUAAUGUGUCUAAUUUUAGAUUAGUGAUACCUUAAAUUCCCGUUCAGUAGUUGAAUAACUUCCUUUUAUAAAUGGAUUUUGCACAUGGAGGCUGAGCAGAGCCCAGAGCUGCAGGUGAUGGUCCCUUCUCCAUGGUGGCUCCUGAGCCAUCAGUAGUAGGACAUGACUAGGAGCAAGGGCACUUUGCAUCAACUCUUUGAUAAGGGGGAAAAGCACCACUUAUCCUUUUAUUUUAAUCAAUUUAUUUUUUUAAUCAAUGCUAAAAUUUAAACUAUGCACAAGAUCUUAAGUACGUGGAAGUUUUAGGAAUGGGUGUGGCUUUGCUGCCAAGGACGAUAAAGAAUUGAAAAUCCUGAUCCUGGAUACUGAGAGAAUAAAGAUUUUAUUGUCAUGGCUAUGUAAGAUUGACUGAAAUUCUCAGAAAUUCAGUUUCUCCUUGGAGAGUAGUUCCCAGGAGCCAGGGAAGGAGAAUCUAUUUUCCCAAACAGAAUUAAUGAAAACUCUUGUUGAAAAUCCAACAACCUCAGACCCACGAUUGUCACUUCCCUCAUGCACGGAGUGUUCUGGAGAGCUGGGCAGGGUGAGUGGGUGCCACAGCCAUCACAGGGGGACACACACCAUCCCAGGCUCUUUGGGACAGGGAAUUGCCCCUCAGUGCAGGGAUUUGAAUGUAUCUGAUGUCCUGGCAUUAGACUUUUCUGUUGCCCUACACUGAAUUGCUGCUUUUCUCUGUUUUGAUGCCAUUUUGGUCUCUGGGAGUUGCUCUAUCUGAGCUUAACGAGCACUUACGGCUUUUAAUCUCUUUGUAGAAGUGCUGCUAAUGUUCUUAGAUUAUCUGAAUUCCACACUGUGGUAUAAUAUCUGUUUUAUAUUAUUUUAUUCAUGCUUUUGGUUUUUUAUGUAAACUGUUCCUUAUUGUUGUUCAGAAAGAAAAAUUAAAGCUCUAUUCUCUAUGGUUAAUGUA